AUGACGUAUUGCUGCAAUGAGAAUGGUUGCAAUUCAUCGCCUGUAAGGUUUUCUCCACCGCCAAGUCGCUCAACGCUCAUUUUUGCUGUCAGCGGACUCAGCCUAUUGCUCACCUUCCUGAUCACGACGCCACCUACUGCAACAGUACGACACACCAACAACUACCCAACCCAAACCACCAGCAAAAAUAUCGUGGAAGAACCUGGAAAGGGGGAAGUAAAGAAGUGAGGGAAGGGGAAUGAACUCGUUCACCGUGGAGCAGGUUGCAGAUUCCUCAAAUAUAUUCUAAAACAUUUUCUAUGUAUAGUCUUCCUCGUUAUUUUUUUUAAGUCACCUUUUAUAGAUGAACCACACGUACACAUCUUAGGAUAAGCAUAUGAACCUUCGGUGACAGUUUUUGACCACCGGACUUUAUAUUCCAUCUCGCAAAAUUAAAGCAGUUUUGGUCAACAACAGCUAGUAGGUGUGACACAUUUUACAAUAAAAGAGUUCACAAUAAGUAAAAUGUACUUAAUAAGAUAAAGUAUCGCAUCUUAAUCAUCCGCCAGGUGGUACCUCCACACUCGAGUUCGCCUACCACCUACUAACUAUCAUGUAGACCCCGCUGCCUGAACGUAUACGGUAUUUGUGAUUGUCAAAACUCAAAGCCCUCUAUUGAAUUCAUCCACACCAAAUCUAAAUUACUCUACCUUCCAUUGUCCUCCCUCCAAAUCUUCUUGAUUAUCCAGCAACCGCUGUCUCAUUGGCCCCUAAUAUCAUUCCUGAGUUCCCUAUAGUCCUAGUCAGUGUCGAUCCCGAGGAUUCAUCCCGCUGCCGCAAAAAUUAUCGACGGCAGAUCCCUGCAGAUGCCGGCUCGCUGUGGAAUUCGGGACACGGAACGUAUCAAAUUAUCGCUACUCUGGAGACACGACGAACAUUCAAAGGACAUUUUGGGGUUAUUUCCGCUCGCCGUCGGAACAUUUUCAGGGAUAAUUACAUACACGAACAUCGGCUGCCAUAAUGGACGUCGUGCGGCCAGUUAUUGUUGAGAAACAAGGUGUCGCCUGAAAAAGCAUUUCCAGAUUCGUUGUAUAGCAGGGAUUAACCACUGUCGCUUUACUGGAGCGAAGGAUUUCCUGCGCUCAGGUUUGUUUGAAUGUCGUUGGGGCUUUUUGAAGCGUCAUCAGAUAAAA